AUGUCAAUAACUGUUUCAAAUUGCCAAUAAAUAUGUGGUUCUCCAUUGAAUAAUAGUACUGCAAAGAACUUGUGGACAUUCUCUAAAUCCGAUAGAUUUGGAAACUUGGCUAAUCCAGUUAAUUGCGGUAAAGCAUUUUACGAUUUGCCUAGUCAGAUAGAGAAGAGAGCUGCAGGAAUUGGAAAAGGAACGAAAACUGAUUUUACAAAAGUGCCAUUCGCAACUCCUUCCCCAUAAUAAUACAACUUAUCUAGUGAUGUCGAAUCAAAUCUAAAGAAAUAGAAGGGCAACAAAUUCGGAAUGAGCAGAGAAAAAAUGGCUAGUACAGGAAUCCUUGGGAACUUAAAUUUAAAAACUCCAGCUCCUGGAACCUAUGAUUUGGGAUCUACCUUGAGUGAUAUUCGAUACUCAAUGAGACAGAGACCAAAAACCAACUUCAUGGUCUUGACAAGCAAAGAAAUCCCAGGACCUGGAACCUACGAAGCUCUACCUGCAGUUAAUGCUGUGGGAAAAUACCCAAUUUCGAAAUACAAUAAUUCAUGCGCUACUUUAUUCAAUCCCAAGAAUUCUAAACGCUUCGUCAAAGACUUUUCGACUAAUCUAUAUGCUCCUGGACCAGGCACUUAUCCAGUCGAUAAGACAGGAAUCCAAAAAGAUGGCAAUUACUUCAUUUCUAAAUUCCACUCUUCCAAUGUUCGAAGUUUUCCCAAGGAAUCCAGAAGAACUGGUUCUGUUGGCAAAGCUGGCACUCCAGCUCCGGGUAGCUAUAGAUUGCCUUCCGAAUUCGGGUACUACGAAUCCAGACACAAAGCCAAUAGGAGUGCUGGAGACAUUGGAGAAAAUAAAGUCUAAUAAUGAUUAUCAAAUACCAAUUAAUGUAUACAUACGCACAA